CAGGACUGCUGCUAAGGUGCUUCCCCUCUCCAGCUGAGCUUCUUUACCCACAUCAGGACCACCCUACCUGCUGAAAUAAAAGAUUCUGGGUGGGAUGCAGCUGGACCUGGUUAUUUUUCAAGUUCUUACACCUACUCUCUGUGGUGUCCAUAGUAGGAAUGGCUGUGUAGCAAUGUUUUUAAGGAAGACUUUUUAAUUAUUUUUUAGUGAAAUAUCUGUGCUAGUGCUAUAGCAGUGAUGUUGUUGACUAACCUAAUCCUGUCUCCUUUGAACUCAGUUAUAAGAGUUUCUAUAAGCUGCUAAAGCCUUCUGAGUCCAGCAGUGUUUCUGAGCAGUGCCAGUGACCAGGCACUGGGCUUGGCAGCUCUCUCCAUGCUAAUCCACUCAGAUCCAGCAGGGCAGACAGAUGUAUUGACAGCAGGGAGAAAAGAGGAUAACAACGGUGUCACAACUGCAUCUGGAUUGUGCAGGCAAAAGUCUUUAAUUUUUUCUGUUAUUUAUGUGAUCGUGAUAUUUGGAAUCCAGCAUUUCAUGAAGGAACGGAGGCCCUUCAAACUGCGGGGACCACUGGUCCUCUGGUCCUUCAGCCUGGCUUUGUUCAGUCUCAUUGGAGCCUAUCGGGUCUGGAAGCAGAUGGCCUUCCUCCUCCUUACCAAGGGAUUUAAGCAAUCAGUGUGUAGUCAAUCUUUUUAUGUCCACCCUGUUACCAAGCUUUGGAUAUAUCUAUUUGCACUGAGCAAACUCAUUGAAAUGGGUGACACUCUGUUCAUUGUUCUCCGGAAAAAGAAGCUCAUCUUCCUCCACUGGUACCACCACAUUGCCACAACAAUUUUAUCCUGGUAUGGCUAUAAGAUUAUGGCAGCUGGGGCAGGGUGGAACACAGCCUUAAACCUCAGUAUCCACUUUGUGAUGUACUUGUACUACGCUGUGGCAGCCAUGGGCAUCCGGGUACCCCACUCCAUCACCAGGCUAAUCACCACUUCACAGAUUGUGCAGAUUACAGGAUUUGUAAUAAUGAACAUCUUUAUCUUCUUCUGGAAGGACGAUAAGCUCUGCCACAUUUCCUGGCCACUGUUUCUCCUUUCAUCGAGCUUGUAUACCACUUUAUUGGCCCUCUUCCUCAACUUCUUUGUGAAAACUUACCUGAGUCGCAUCCAGAAAUCAAAGUGGAAUUAAAACCAAGGGAUGGAAGAAGAGAUUGGGAUGGAAGUGGGGAGAGAGG